AUGGCAACGGCAACACCAACACCAAAAUUUAGUAGAAAACGUUCCGCAGCAACAACAACUGUAAAUUUAAAACGUUCAAAAUUAAGAAAAUGUUCUAAAUCGGGUAAUGAUAGUAGCAACAGGCACGAAGAAGAUACACGUUUACCAUUCAAUGGUACGAGACUAAAAGAAUGGGAAGAAUACGAAAAAUGGAAAGAAGUUCGUGGUGAUAUUGAACCGACAAUGAAUUAUGUUGAAGUAACACCAGAAGCUAUUGAAGAAUUAAAAAAAAUUAAAAAUAUUAUUGGAGAUUAUAUUUGUCAAUUAUGUAAAGUUAAAUAUGAAAAUGCAUUUCAAUUAGCUAUGCACAAAUGUCCCAGAGUUGUACAUGUUGAAUUUCGUUGUCCUGAUUGCGAUAAAACUUUCAAUUGUCCAGCAAAUUUGGCAUCUCAUCGUCGUUGGCAUAAACCCGAGAAUAUUCGUACUCAUGCUCGCUAUUCUUCUAGAUCAGAGUCGUGUUCGACAUCAUCGCUAUCGGAUACAAUCAAUGGCGAUGAAGCAAAAUCUCAAAAACAAGUAAUAACAACUAGUAAAAAUCUGACUCUUGAAAAGCCGCCUAAAUCGGCAGUAAGAGAAUCUGUCGAACCAAAUAUUCAACAAAUUUCUAGUCUUAUAACAAAUCAUGAAUCAAGCACUAAUACAUUUCACAAUACACUAUCGUCAUUGUUAGAACCAGCACGUAACAGAUCUAUUCACAGUACACCAUUCCAUCCUCUUCUCAAUAUUUCGUCUCCUGUUCAUAAAUCGUUGUUCAACGGCACACAUCCAUUAGAUUUUGUUGAGCAUAAAACAGUACAAAACUUCCCAACGAACAUGGUACCUCUAAAUCGAACAUUUAUAAAUCCUGUGUUAGGACACAUCUUCAAUAGAUCACACGAUCAUUCUUCACUAACUCGAUUGGUUUUAGAACGUAAUCAUCAAUUAUUUCCAAUGAAUCAUACUACCGAAACUACGGCAUUUCGUGAACAUCCACCUAACAACGAUAACAAACAUUUUCAACAAUCUUGUAUAUUUUGUUCGGAACAGUUUCUUGAUUUAAAUCGAUUGAUUCAGCAUAUUCAGAAAAAACACGCUGUAAAGAAAACUAACUCUGCUAAUGGUAAUACAAAUACGUCUUUAACAGUAGAACAAAAUAUUGAAUGA